CUCUUUUCUUUCUUUUUUUCCAAUUUCCUAUUCCUUUUCUUUCUUGAUCGUUAUUCUCUUCUCCACGGUUUAUAAAUCUUGGGCCUUUAGUAGGGCAGAAUAAUUCUGAGACCGAUCAAUAAUCAGGUUCUCUCAGAAACCCUAGAACCCGAUCACUAUCUUCUUGCUCACUCAACCUAUCUCUGAUUAUGGUAUCAUGAUAUGAAGAGACUGAGAUACGAAGUUAGCUAAAAAGGAUAUCAGAGUGAAAAGGUUUUGAAAAGGAGAUAGAUUCGUAUAUUUAAUUGAGAUCUAUAAUCGAAAUAAACAUUUGAAAGUUAUAUGGUCGCCAUCAUCUCCAUUCUGGCUUUUCCAGAGAGAGACUAAAAUGGCGUCUUCAAGCUCUCCAUGCGCAGCUUGUAAGUUCCUGAGGAGAAAAUGCACGCAAGAAUGUGUAUUCGCCCCAUAUUUCCCCCCAGACAACCCACAAAAGUUCUCGUACGUUCACAAAGUCUUCGGUGCAAGUAACGUCGCUAAGCUUCUCAACGAGAUUGCCGCCAACCAAAGAGAAGAUGCCGUUAACUCUCUUUUCUAUGAAGCCGAAGCUCGACUCCGCGACCCUGUUUACGGUUGUGUCGGUUUAAUCUCUAUCCUUCAACAUCGGCAUAAACAGCUUCAACAAGAUCUUGAAAACGCUAAGAAAGAACUCGCUGCUUAUGUUGGUCCUCAAGCUAUGCUUCCUAUUCUCCAAACGCAGCAUCAUCCUCAACAGCAUUUCAUGUCUCUAUCGCCUCAACCGCAGCCUCAGCCGUCCUCCUCUUCUUCAGCGUCUGUGCUGACUCAUCAGCAUCAUAACUUGUUCCCAAUGAUGGCUAUUCCAACUGGACAACUGUACCAUCAGCAGCAGCAACAGAUUUUUGAGGCUCAACAAUUAGCGGUUGCUAGAGAGCAGCAGCAGAAUGAAUUGUUUAGAGCGUUUGGAGCAGGAGGAGGAAGUAACACUAGUCCACAUAAUCAUCAAAACCAACCUCAAGUUGAGGUUUUGAGGUUUGAUAAUAGUUUUGACUUUGUACCGACCGGUUCAGUUACAGUUACCGGAUUUAAUCAAUUAAGCUCCAGGGGUACAACGGUAACCGGAAUGUCAUCGUCUUUGGCUCUUGGUGGUAACUUUGUUGAUAGUCCUCCCACGAAUGAUAGUUAUCAUACGGAUCAGCAGUUACAUCAUCAUCAAAAGCAACAACAUCAUGAAGCUCAGUUGUUCAUACCUACACAAUCUUCCCAACCGCUACCACUUCAAACGCAGGAGACUCAGACGCAGCCGAAUUCAGAGAGCGAGGAGGGUAGAAGGAGUAUCAUUGGUUAAUCUCGGUAAUUAAAAAAAAAAGAGAAAUAAAAUUAAAAAGAAAAGAAAAAAUGUUACGGCCUUUGACCUUCUCGCUUGCUCAAAUUCUCAUCAGUUGGAAACUCUGACUUUGCUCAAGGCAUUACGGACACUACCGAGUUCUUUCUAAUUUUGUCGCACGUCCAACAGGGAAAAGACACUCAACAUGUUAAAGUCAGCGGUAUUUGGUUGAUUUGAGUUUUGGUGAAGAGUAUAACCCAAAGGCUCGAUUGAAAAUGAACAAAAGAUCUCCACUCCGCCUACCCCUCUGGUUUUUCAUUACGGAAACAUAUUAUUUUACAUUUUUCUUGUAUUUCCUAUUUUUAGUUUUUGAUAUAUUUUUGUUUUAAUUAAGUGAAAAAUGAGAGAUGUUAGUGUUUUUGAAUGCAAUUAUAUUUGUAAAUGAGAUGCAAAUGGCCGGGUCCUCUCCUAUA